GGCGGCGAGCGGUGGAGUCCGGCCUUGACGUUGUGCUGCUCGCUGUGGAGUUUAUUUGGCUCCAGAGCCCCUCACCGCCGCCAUUAGGAGCCCGCAGCGCCCGAGGACGCCCCCUUCCUCUGCUCCCCCUCCCCCUCGGGGCCCCCUCGCCUCCGCGCCUGCUCUCUGCCCCUCUGCCCCGGUCUCCGGCAGUCGGGAGCCGUGCGCGGCCCACGGAGACCAUGUCCUGACUGAGGGGGGAGGGCGGAGGCGGCACGGAGGGAGGCGGAGAGGGGCCCGGCUCGGCUCUUCGCCGCGGGCUGCUCGGGGAGUCGCCGCUGCCGCCGGACGCCGAGCAUCGGACUGGGAGGAGGAGCAGGAGCUGGAGGAGGAGCCGCCGCCACCGCCAGCCUCCUGCCUGACAUAACUCACUUCAAGAAGUGCACAAUGUCAGAACGUGGAAUUAAGUGGGCAUGUGAAUACUGUACGUAUGAAAACUGGCCAUCUGCAAUCAAGUGUACUAUGUGUCGCGCCCAAAGGCCCAGUGGAACGAUUAUUACAGAAGAUCCGUUUAAAAGCGGGUCUAGUGAUGUUGGUAGAGAUUGGGAUCCUUCCAGCACCGAAGGAGGAAGUAGUCCGUUGAUAUGUCCCGACUCGAGUGCAAGGCCCAGGGUCAAGUCUUCGUACAGCAUGGAAAAUGCAAAUAAGUGGUCGUGCCACAUGUGCACGUACUUGAACUGGCCAAGAGCAAUCAGAUGUACCCAGUGCUUAUCCCAGCGGAGGACCAGGAGUCCCACCGAAUCUCCCCAGUCCUCAGGGUCUGGCUCAAGACCAGUGGCUUUUUCUGUUGAUCCUUGCGAGGAAUACAAUGAUAGAAAUAAACUGAACACGAGGACCCAGCAUUGGACUUGUUCUGUUUGCACGUACGAAAACUGGGCCAAGGCUAAAAAAUGUGUUGUUUGCGAUCAUCCCAGACCUAAUAAUAUUGAAGCAAUAGAGUUGGCAGAAACUGAAGAGGCUUCUUCAAUAAUAAAUGAGCAAGACAGAGCUCGAUGGAGGGGAGGCUGCAGCAGUGGUAACAGCCAAAGAAGGUCGCCUCCUACUACGAAACGAGACUCGGACGUGAAAAUGGAUUUUCAGAGGAUUGAAUUGGCUGGUGCUGUUGGCAGCAAGGAGGAACUUGAAGUGGACUUUAAAAAAGUAAAGCAGAUUAAAAACAGGAUGAAAAAGACCGAUUGGCUCUUCCUCAAUGCUUGUGUGGGGGUUGUGGAAGGUGAUUUAGCUGCUAUCGAAGCAUACAAGUCAUCAGGAGGGGACAUUGCACGGCAGCUGACAGCAGAUGAAGUGCGCUUGCUGAACCGUCCUUCUGCUUUUGAUGUCGGCUAUACUCUCGUCCAUCUGGCCAUACGCUUUCAGAGGCAGGACAUGCUAGCGAUACUGCUUACGGAGGUGUCUCAGCAAGCAGCAAAGUGUAUUCCAGCCAUGGUGUGUCCUGAGCUGACAGAGCAGAUCCGGCGAGAGGUGGCGGCCUCUCUUCAUCAGAGAAAGGGGGACUUUGCUUGCUAUUUCCUAACUGACCUUGUGACAUUCACAUUGCCAGCAGAUAUUGAAGACUUGCCUCCAACAGUCCAAGAAAAAUUAUUUGAUGAGGUGCUUGACAGAGAUGUUCAAAAAGAGUUAGAAGAGGAGUCUCCAAUUAUAAACUGGUCCUUGGAAUUGGCUACACGCUUGGACAGUCGGCUGUAUGCACUUUGGAACCGGACUGCUGGGGACUGCCUACUUGAUUCCGUGCUGCAGGCUACCUGGGGCCUCUAUGACAAGGACUCGGUGCUUCGGAAAGCCCUGCACGACAGCCUGCAUGACUGCUCGCACUGGUUUUAUACCCGUUGGAAAGAUUGGGAGUCAUGGUAUUCUCAGAGCUUUGGUUUACACUUUUCCUUGAGAGAAGAACAGUGGCAAGAAGACUGGGCGUUUAUACUCUCUCUGGCUAGUCAGCCUGGAGCAAGUUUGGAACAGACACACAUUUUUGUACUUGCACAUAUACUUAGACGACCAAUUAUAGUUUAUGGAGUAAAAUAUUAUAAAAGUUUCCGAGGAGAAACUUUAGGAUACACUCGGUUUCAAGGUGUGUAUUUGCCUUUGUUGUGGGAACAGAGCUUUUGUUGGAAAAGUCCGAUUGCUCUGGGCUAUACGAGGGGCCACUUCUCUGCUUUGGUUGCCAUGGAAAACGAUGGCUAUGGCAACCGAGGUGCUGGUGCUAAUCUGAACACCGAUGAUGACGUCACCGUCACUUUUCUGCCUCUGGUUGACAGCGAGAGGAAGCUCCUCCACGUGCACUUUCUGUCUGCUCAGGAGCUAGGUAAUGAGGAACAGCAAGAAAAACUGCUCAGGGAGUGGCUGGACUGCUGUGUGACUGAGGGGGGCGUCCUUGUGGCCAUGCAGAAAAGCUCUCGGCGGCGAAAUCACCCCCUGGUCACACAGAUGGUAGAAAAAUGGCUUGAUCGCUACCGACAGAUCCGGCCUUGUACAUCCCUGUCUGAUGGAGAGGAAGAUGAAGAUGAUGAAGAUGAAUGAAAAGAAAUCAAAGAGCAGAAGACCAAGGUACCGGCUCUGUGGUGACCCCAAAGUUAGUGUGGUGUUCCAGGCACUGUGCUUGGCGUGGAACGAACCAAAGCUGGCAGGACCUGCUCAGAAGGGUUUUUCUGAUCCACACCCAAUGGAGAUGACGCAUCUGCCAAGUGAGGACACAGAGAACGUCGUUUGGACUACAGUUUGUAAAAAAAACAAAAAACAAAAAAAACUUAAUUUUAUUAAGACAGAACUUUUUUCCUUUCAAAUCGUAAAUCUGUCUAUAAAUGUAACGCAUGUGGUUGUGUAAGAAGUUGUGUAAUAGGAAAAGCUGUAUGUACCAGCAUCUUCAUGUUUUUGAGGAGUUUUUUUUCAGCAUGGGCCCCUCCAAAAGCACAUGGCAGAUGACUCUUUGUUCCUUUGAGAUAUAUAUAUAUAUAUUUUAAAGUAGAACCUGGCAUUCUACUUCCAUCUUAAAAGAUCCAUUUUACAUUGUCUCAUUAGAGCUUAGAGAUUGGGAAACUUUUUGUACAAAUUGUCCACAGCAAAACA